GAAUGUACAGCGCAUUUCGGUAAUGUGUUGUGUUGUCUAAAUUAACAGCGCAUUUCAGUAAUGUGGUGUGUUGUCUAAAUUAACAGCGCAUUUCUGUAAUGUGUUGUGUUGUCUAAAUUAACAGCGCAUUUCUGUAAUGUGGUGUGUUGUCUGAAUUUGCAGCAUGUUUCUGUAAUGUGUUGUGUUGUCUGAAUUUGCAGCAUGUUUCUGUAAUGUUGGGUUGUCUGAAUUUGCAGCGUGUUUCUGUAAUGCUGUGCAUGUGCUGACCAAUUUUGAUGAAAUGUGGUCAUGUGAAGGACAGAUAAACUUCAACCACACCUGUUAUUCCCACUAGCUGUUCAGGCUAUGCAUGUAGUUCUGUGAUUUUGAGUUUGAGUUUCGUUUCUCUGGAAAUUACCGCCUACUAUUCCAGUACCAGUUCUAAAUACCAAAUUGGGUGUUUUGCAUUUUGAGUGUCAUUUCCCUACACACACACCAAGGAGGGGUAACACUUGAAGCAGGGCAGUCUACUGGACAUAAACAACUAUGGGACUGUUGACUUUUGCGCUUGCAGCGCUGGCAGUGGCGGGAGCAACAGGUGUGGUUGCCGAAGCACCGUUUAUGCUGACUGAAGACUUAACUGAGGAAGAGAUAGCCGCGGGGUAUAUCCCCGCCAAAAUUAUGAGCUCCAAACACUGGGCUGGAAGGGCUGCCGUGGCCAACGGAAGAGGAGUGGCAGAUGGGAGUGUGGUGGCAGCCUUGGAGUCUGCUGCAGGUGUGGUUGCCGAAGCACCGUUUAUGCUGACUGAAGACUUAACUGAGGAAGAGAUAGCCGCGGGGUAUAUCCCCGCCAAAAUUAUGAGCUCCAAACACUGGGCUGGAAGGGCUGCCGUGGCCAACGGAAGAGGAGUGGCAGAUGGGAGUGUGGUGGCAGCCUUGGAGUCUGUUGGUGCGGUUGCCGGAGCCCCGUUUGUGCUGACUGAAGGAAACUUAACUGCGGGAGAGAAAGCUGCGGACACAAGCUCAGGCUUUCCCUCCGUACCUACACUGGCUGCAAUGGCAGGAGGAGCAGUUUUGGCAGUAGUUGCCGUGCCGGUAAUCCUGAGUGCUGCAGGCUUUACUGCGGGAGGGAUAGCCGCAGGGUCUGUCGCCGCCAAAAUGAUGGCAUCGGCUGCCGUGGCCAACGGAGGAGGAGUGGCAGCUGGGGGUGUGGUGGCAGUUUUGCAGUCCGCUGGCGCUGCUGGGAUGGCCAGUGCAACAUCAGCAGCUGUUGGAGCUGUAGGGGCCGUAGUGGGUGGAGUCACUGUGGCCUCAGCAACUUGAGGUGCUUCCUGCAGUUCGGGCAUUGAUGGGUGCAGUGACUAACUGUACUGUAUGAAAUAUUAUGGACUGUUAUUUUUAAAACACAAACGUAUAUGGUGACACUAAAUGUGACAAAAAAAACAUUAAGAAUAAUCAGAGAUACUAUAGAAAUGUUCUCUGGGGGAAUACACAGACUGUCAUAGUAUAAUGAGAUGUGCUUGUAAAUUCUGAU